AUGCCGAGUAACACUAAGAAGAUUCUGAUGGUCCAACAUGCUUCAGGAAUACUCGAUUUCAAAUUCAUCAGAAAAACCAUAAAAUCACUUGGGCCUAAUGACAAAAUCACGGUUCUUGCAAUUAUACAGAAGACAUCAGACAAUAAGGGAAAGCAAGACGUUAAGGAGAAGCUAGAUGAAUAUUCAAAGUGUACAGAUAUCGCAGAGAUUAGGAUACUAGCUCAAGCGCGGCAGGUUGAAUUUAAUGUAGCAGUUGAGGCAGGUUCGCCGAAUGAAGUUGCAGUCGAAUAUGCUAAGAAAUUUGAGGCAACGCGCGUGCACCUUCCAUGGAGUUUCUCAAUCAUGCAAGAAGAAGAACAAAAUCAAGAAUACUCCAGUCAUAACUCCCUCGUAGAGAGACUAUUGCUCGAUAAGCUAGCAGAAUUUGUUUCCUCUGGACCUCAAUUAUCUUCAACAAUGGCUGAUAGAGGAAAAGGUCACCCCAAAAUCCGGCCACUUGCUGAGGAUCCCCCAGAGAAGAUUCGUGCUAGAAGGGUUUCUGGCGCAAGUUCAAGCGUUCUACCUCCACGAAAGUCACAUCGUUUCUGGCGUUUAAAAGGGGUCUCUCCCAGUGUCUCUUCUCUUCCUUCAAAGAAGCAAAUGGUGGAAGAUCAGCCGUGCAAUGUCAAACACCCGGACUUUGAUGAUGACCUUGAGACCUCGGACACAGCCCUCGGGAUGCUUCCCUAUCCUAUAUCCGACGUUAUUGGCACUGUCAGCAAGUUCUGGGUUCAGAAACACUCCGAGAAUUUGCAGGGGUUCGAAGACAAUCAGGUCAAGAAUGGAGCCCUUAGCUACAUGGUGAAGGCCAUGGUAUAUACCAUUGAAAACAACAACAGGACUUCUAAACUUUUGAGCGAAACCGAAGGUUUAAUUGAUAAGAAUGCGAAGCUGCAAGAAAAGAUUGGUGAGAUGCAGGACGAACUGAAGAGUUUAAAAUCCAAAAUGCGGACUAGGCUGAAAAGACGGGAUGGAAUUGUUAGGCUAAAGGCUAAGAUCACGGCCCCGGAGGAGAAAACUGAGAAGGCGAAAAAAGAAGCUACUGAGGCUAUAGAGAACUUUAAGGAAACAAAGGAGUACAGAGCUUUGAGGGAAGAGUUAUACCAUCAAGGGGCAGCUGCAGUGAUUGAGUCGGUCACCGAAGCUCGACCUGAUUACGACCUCAGCUUCUUAUACUCCUCCUGCGAGGAUGAGGACAAGAUAUCAACCGACGAAGAUCUUGAGGAUUGGAAAUCAGCGUAG